UUUUUCCAACUUGCUUAGUGUCACGUGUGACAUAAUUUUGUGUUCAUUUUGUUAGGUUAAAUUCAGUGCUCUUUUUUUUCCUUCUCUUAUAUAUAACACAAGCUCAUUUGCUAGAAAGAAAAAAGUUAUAUUUGUUUUAGUCUUUCGAGAAUUCUAGUGUUUGUGCCUUUGCUUGAAACUUCCAAUCUAAAGUUAGGUUUCUUUGGAACAAACAUAUUUAUUUCUCUUCUUCAUCUCCUAUUGUUGGUCCUCUUUUUUCUUUCUUAGCCUUUCAAACAACUUUUCUUGUCUAUAUAUGUUAUGAAAAUAAAGUAAAAGAGAAAAAAAGGGGUAUUUGGGGUCAAUAAAAAAAAAUGGCAUUAGAAACAGUGAUUUACAAUCAAGAAACAUUUGGGUACGGUUGCAAAGAGUACUACAACAAUAAUUUGGGUAACUUUAAUUAUAAUUAUGAGUUGGAUUUAUUACAAGGCGAAGGAGGAGCUGGAGAAAUGAGUUUUACAAAUUUGUUGGAUCAUAAUAAUCGGGAAGAAUCUUCAUCAUCGCCACCAGAACUAAUGUACAACAACAAUGCGAGAGAGUACAACAUUUGGGAUCCAAAUUCUUCAAUAGAAGAUCAUCAGCUGUUUAUAGAAGGGUCACCGGCGGCUGAAAUUCCGGCGGCGGCGGUCAGAUCUGCCGCCACCUCCGGCCGCCGGAAAAGAAGACGGACGAGAAGUUGUAAAAACAAGGAGGAAUUGGAGAACCAAAGAAUGACUCACAUUGCGGUGGAACGGAACCGGCGUAAACAGAUGAAUGAGUAUCUUGCUGUUAUUCGAUCUCUAAUGCCACCUUCGUAUGUUCAAAGGGGUGACCAAGCAUCAAUAAUUGGAGGAGCCAUAAACUUUGUGAAGGAGCUAGAACACCAUCUUCAAACCCUAGAAGCACAAAAGAGAAGCCAUUCUCAAAAACAAGAACACUCAGAUAAUCAUGGCUCAUCACCAAGUCCACUAUUUGCUGAUUACUUUGCGUUUCCGCAGUACUCAACUCAUUCCAAGAGUACAUCUCUGGCAGCACCAGCAUCUACUGCUGCUGCCGGAUCAUGUGACUCUCCAUUAGCCACAGAGAAAAUGUCGGCUUUGGCCGACAUUGAAGUGAGCAUGGCGGAGAGUCAUGCCAAUCUCAAGAUACUAUCAAAAAGAAGGCCAAAACAGCUCUUGAAAAUAGUAGCUGGGCUUCAAUGUCUUUGGCUCACUGUCCUCCAUCUCAAUGUCACUACUGUUGACCACAUGGUUCUUUACUCACUCAGUCUCAAGUUAGAGGAAGGGUGCCAGUUAACUACUGCAGAUGAAAUUGCUGACUCUGUUAAUCAAUUGCUUGGUAGAAUCCAAGAGGAAGCUGCUUCAAGUUCAUGAAAACAAAAACAACAAAAAGAAAACUCGGUUUUAUUAUGUACGAGUUUUAGCAACAAUAACAUAUCCACUGAAGUCCCACAAGGUGGGAUAUGGGGAAUGUGUGUGUAUGUAGACCUUACUCUUAUCUCGUGGAGGCAGAGAGCUAGGAGUACGGGGUUUAAUCUUCUCAAAAUGUCCUCACUCUUUUUUCAUUUCAUUUUCUUUUAAUUUGCUUUUUUUUGUUAUGUGGGUUAAUUCAAGUUCUCUAGUACAAGAUCCUAAAUUAAUAAUGCCCAUCUAUAACUAGCUAGCUAGCUUUUGACAGCUUAAUUAUGAGUACUUUGUACCUUAAGUAAAUCUGCAGUGGUUUAGGUAUUAAUUAGACAAUAAUUACUCUUCUUGAUUUA